CUGGACUAGACGCUGCAGGAUACUUCCUGGAAUGUCUGCAAGUGGACGUUCAUCUGGCUGUUUCACUGAGAAGUGAUGAUGGGGACUUUCUUCUAUACAAGAUGUAAUUAAUAGCCAGGAGAUUGUAGUGGAAUGCAACCAACCAGAUCAAGUAUAGUACACAACCUCCCUUGAAACUAACUUUCUACAUGUGCUGAAAAUUAUUCAGUUUGUUCAAACAUCCCCAUGGCGACAUGAUCAAAAUUCAAACGCUUGGCAACUGACAUAUUUAUGAUGAUUGUAGUCUCCCAGAGGCAUAUGAUCAACUUUUGGGACCUUCUGACAAGCAAAGUCAAUGGGGAAACCAAAUUCACUUAACAGCUAUGCAAGAAAGGUCACAGGCAAAACUUACUUAGCAAACAUCUCACUUAGCAGGAGAAAGUUGGGCUUAAUUGUGGUGGUACUGGAAAUCAGAAGGCAUUUAACAUGACAACAGAAACGUUGGUGAAAGAUAUUAAACCAGGCAUGAAAAACCUAAAUCUUAUAUUCAUUGUGCUGGAAACAGGCCGGGUGACCAAGACAAAGGAUGGCCACGAAGUACGGACGUGUAAAGUAGCUGACAGAACAGGCAGCAUUAACAUCUCUGUAUGGGAUGAUGUUGGAAAUUUAAUCCAGCCAGGCGAUAUCAUCCGACUCACCAAAGGGUACUCAUCAAUUUUCAAAGGCUGCUUGACACUGUACACUGGACGUGGAGGAGAUCUGCAGAAAGUAGGAGAGUUUUGUAUGGUUUAUUCAGAAGUGCCAAAUUUCAGUGAGCCAAAUCCUGACUAUGUUGCCCAGCAGUCACAAAACAAAAAUACCCCAAAUGACAACGCAGCCCCCACAGCCUCUCAAACCACACCAGGACCUUCUACAUCAGCAGCUGCAGAGAACCAGAAUGGCAAUGGGAUGAUCUCCUCUGGCGGUGCUCUGCACCAACCCAGCAUCUCAACCCAUCCGACCACCAGUCGCAUCACUAGGAGUCAACCCAACCAUCAAGGUGGAAGCUCAUCAAGCCUAGGGUCCUCCUCAAACCCAGUCAGCAAUGGCAAAGAGACACGGAGAAGUAGCAAGAGAUAGCAGGGGCUGUGGGUUCAGGAAAGCUUUGGAUCCCUCUUUCCUCCACUGCCUGCAAUACUACUUUGUGCCUCCUUCUGAGGCAAAACAGCUGCUGCUGAGGAGACAGCAUGGAUACUAGGCUGGAGUAGAGACUCUGGGAACAACGUAACGUUUAACCACUGAAAUGUAUUUUUAACAUGGGGUAUUAUGAUUGGGCGAGAGAGAUACAGUCUUCAGUGUUUUUACUGAAAAGCUCGUCUUGCCUUUUAGGAAUCUUCAAAUAUUGUAAAUUGCACUCAUUUUUUUUUUUUGCUGGAAAUCAAUACAAGUGACCUGCCAUCUGUUUAUUUGAUAGUAUUUUGUUCCUGUCCAUUAUCCUCCCAGAUAAUAAGCUCCUGUGAGUUGGGCAUGAGUUUUUGCAUUUAGCUCUUUUUAGUUUAGAUCUGCACUUCUUCAAACUCUUUACCUAAUCUUUUUAGUCUACAAAUUGGAAUGAAUAUGGUUCAUAACUUCCCAAGGAAGUGCAGCUGGGCAAUAAGAACUGAUGCCAUGCUUUCCAGAACAACCUUAGGACUGGCCAAUAACAGAGCCUUGUCAUGUCCAAGAGCCCUGGUGGCAUAGUGAUUAGAAUGCAGCAUUGCAGGCUAACUCUGCCCACAGUCUGGAGUUCGAUCCUGACAGGCUCAAGGUUGAUUCAGCCUUCCAUCCUUCCGAGGUCAGUAAAAUGAGGAGCCAGACUGUUGGGGGCCAUAGGCUGAUGUUGUAAACCUCUCAGAGAGUGCUGUAAAGCAGGGGUCCCCAACCCCCAGCUAGCAGCUCACUACCACCCAUGGCCUAUUUGGAACCAGGCUGCGCGAGUGGCAAGCAGCACGCACGCGUGUGCGCAGCUUGACUUGCAUGAGUGGCGGUUCAGCGCACAUGUACAUGUGUGCAGACUUCAACUUGCGCAAGUUGAGCUGUGCACGCAUGCAUGUGCGUGCUGGCCUACAGCUUGCACAAGUUGAGCUAUGUGUGUGCACCAACCCACUGUUCGCACGGCCCAGUUCCCCUCUCACCUCCCCCAGCUGGGCAGCUAAGCCACAAAGAUGGGGGACCGCUGCUAUAAAGCUCUAUGGGAUGGUAUAUAAGUCUUAGGUGCUAUUGCUGUUGCUACAGCUAUUUCCCCAAAAGUGACACUAUAAUUUACGGCAAACUUUAGAGAGGUUUCUGAAAACAACAUGGUAAAAGUACAACAAAAUUAGAAUAAAUAAUAGAUUAAUCUUUGUUUCAAAAUCCUAGCUUUUAAUUGUUAUGAAAAUCAAUGGUUUUUAAGGAUACAUUAUUGUGCUGAGAUCUUGAAUUCUUUUACAUUCCAAUAGAACAUAGAAUACCGUAUAUGUCGGCGUAUAAGGCAACUUCCACGAGUGCUAAAAUCGGUGCCAAGGACGGGGGUCGUCUUAUACGCCGAGUCGUCUUAUACGCCGGAAAUACUGGUAGUUUCCAGCGUAUAAGAUGACGUUCUAGGAAUGCGGCUCGGCGACAAAGACGGGGGUUGUCUUAUACGCCGGGU